GAACAAAUAUUAAUUUGUACACAUAGACUAGUAGAUUAUACACGUGUGUCGAUUAUAGUAGAAAGCGACUGGAGGCUAAACAGUUAUAAGCUGUUAUAGAAAUGAAAAAGCAGCUAGUAUAAAAAUGAAAGUAGUGUUCUUACAUCCAGAUUUAGGAAUUGGAGGUGCAGAAAGAUUAGUAGUAGAUGCAGCAAUUGCUUUAAAAUCCAAAGGGCAUUCUGUUAAAUUUGUAACUGCACAUCAUGACCCUACUCAUGCUUUUGCCGAAACAACCGAUGGAUCUCUGGAAGUCAUAUGUGUUGGAGACUGGUUGCCACGAAGUAUUUUUGGUAUUUUCCAUGCUCUCUGUGCCUACAUCAGAAUGAUAUAUGCAGCAUUCUUUUUAGUUUAUAGAACAGAUAUGGCACCGGAUAUAAUAUUUUGUGAUCAGAUAUCUGCUUGUAUUCCUAUUUUGAAAAGGAAAAAUGCAAAAGUUGUGUAUUAUUGCCAUUUUCCUGAUCAACUUCUAACAGACAGAGAAAAUUGGCUAAAAAAACUUUAUAGGGGUCCAUUAGAUUGGCUUGAAGAGAAAACAACUGGAAUGGCUGAUGUUAUUUUAGUUAACAGCAAAUAUACUGCUGGUAUUUUCAGAAAAACAUUUACAACAUUAAUGGAUUGCAAGCUUGAAGUAUUGUAUCCAUCUCUCAACUUUGCAAAUUACGAUAACAUACCAAGUGGAAGUAUCGAUGACGUUAUUCGAAAAAAUGCCAAUAAGAUUUUUCUAUCAAUAAACCGCUACGAAAGGAAAAAGAACUUGAAUCUUGCCAUUUAUGCUUUCGAACAAUUACUUCAAGAAUUGCCUUCGGAUCAGGUUCGAAGGGUGCACCUCAUCAUAGCUGGAGGAUAUGACGAUCGAGUAACCGAAAACAUCGAGUAUUAUCAAGAACUUGAAGAAUUGGCCCAAAAUCUCGAAGUAUCAGAUUACAUAACCUUCCUGAAAUCCCCGAGUGAUACAGAAAAGUUACUCUUGAUACACGGUUGCACGGCCGUGUUGUAUACUCCCGAUAACGAGCAUUUCGGUAUAGUCCCUCUGGAAGCAAUGUACAUGUCACGUCCUGUCAUAGCAGUUAAUAGUGGUGGGCCCCUAGAAACAAUAAUUGAUGACGAAACGGGCUUUCUUUGCGAACCGCAACCUGAUAAAUUUAGUGAAGCCAUGAAAAAAUUUGUCGAAAAUCAAAAUCUAUACUUAAAAAUGGGAAAGAAAGGUAACGAACACGUUAAACAAAAAUUUUCCUUCUACUUGUUUACAGAACAAUUACAUAAGACUAUAGAGAAUUUGAAAGAGGCACCCCAAACAAAGAAAUGAUUUUAAUAAAUUCAGUACACGUACAAUGAUUAAAAUUCUAUAGAAAUAUAAGUUGCAGGAUUACAACAACAAAUAUUUUUAUAAUUGUCUGUCUGGGAAUAUUUCUUUUAAAAAAUAUUGCCUUUGUUAAAAAUUUAAUUGUGGACCAAGAAGUCAUUCCAAUUUCGAUUACGAAUAAAGUAAAUUUAACGCGGAGAAGAAUUUUUAAAAAAUUGUAAUUAAAAUAUUUUUAAAUUAUUACAAUAUUUAUGUAAAUUUAUGAAGGCCCUUUAUCUUUAAUCGAUCAUAUUCAGAUGUUUAUAAGAAAACAUUUGGUGAAAAAGGAAUAUAAAGUGUAUAACUGUAUACAUUAUUUGUUCAGUUCAGAUCUAUUAAGAAUACAGUACAAUAGGACAUUGUUUCAUAUUAAAAGAACAAAGUUAUAAAAUAAUAAACACUUAAGAAAUUGAAUUUGAAAGCUGAGAAUUGUGUUGAUUUUGUUUGAUUUAAGUAAGAAUUUAUCUCAUUUUUCUAAUAAGAAAAAUAUAAAUCUGUAGAAACUGUGCCCAAAAUUGUACUGUAAACAUAUCUUGAAUGUAAAAUGGACCAAGUUCUUCCCUCGAUAUAUUAAUAAAAUCUAUAUUUAAAUAAGUCUAAAAAUUUCUGUGGUAAAUUCUUUGAUAUGUACAAUUCUCUUCAAUCUAUAAAUUAUAAAAGUAUAAAAAAGAAUUCUAGGAUUAGGGAUGAACUUGAUUAAUUUUGCAAUAUCAAAUUCUUAAUAUUCACUAUUUAUUUGUAUAUAAGGGAUAUAUACAAGAUUGUGGAUAUGGUUGAAGUUUGAAUUACAUUUUAAUAACAUUAUGUAAAUAAAUCUACUAUUUAAUAGUAAUUAAAAAUUCGUUCUAUUAUAUUAUUCACAAAUAUUUAAUCUUUAUAAUGUCAUUUAAGAAAUUCUUCUUUAAAAUAAUUAAACUUCACAGUUUAAAAUUUGAAAUAUGAUAUAUUCCAGAGUAAAGUAUCGAAAUUUCUCGAGAUCCGAUUCUCUUUGUAUUACUUUAUAAGAAAAUUGACCAAUUUUGCAGUUAAAUUAAUAUAAAAAUUGUACAGCCUUUACAAUGGAAGAAAAUUCUAUAAAACUUUUAUAAAUCUUUAUAUUUCUCUAAAGGUGAAUU